AAUGAAAGAAAAGGGUUGGAAGGGGAAGGGAAAGAAAAGAAAGGUAGGAAAGAAACGUUUAGGGGCGUUUGGGGAAGAUAGAGACGCAUUUGGACGCAACCCAGACGCAUUCGAAAUGGCUGAAAGAGCGCUUGCGCCUUCGGAGAUAUUGGGGUGGCGUAGUUGACUACCUCGGGAGUUCUCGGUAGACGGUACGAGGAUGGCUGUCGCCUUCGGCGACAAACGCGAUGAGAAACUGGCCAAACACGGCGAGCGGUAUAAUAUCGCGUUGGUGCUGGGUAGAGGAGAUCCCCAUAGCGCCAGAACGUCGAAGGUUUCGACGUAUACACGGUCUCCAAUUACCUUUGCACCCACAACAAGUAGCUGGGUGGGUGAUAUCACUGUUCAUCGGUAGCGGCACCUUCGCUGUGUCAACGCCUUUGCUCGAACCAUUCGGGCUGCGUUCUCUUCUUUCGAUUUCCCUGGCCACCAUCUUCCUCGUUCACUUGCUCUUCCAUCUAGCCGUGCUUCUUCUUGAUCCGGCUGAUCCUAGAGUAAGAGCAAGACCGACGAAUCUAGUAGUGCCUGAAUUUGAUCGUAAAAAACAUCCUCACGUUAUCGAGAACGGCCGGUGUCAUCUUUGCAACAUAACGACAAACGGUGACAGAACGAAACAUUGUUCGAUCUGCAACAAGUGCGUCGUACGAUUUGAUCAUCACUGCAAGUGGUUGAACAAUUGUAUAGGGGCUAGAAACUAUCCUUUAUUUUUGGCUUGCCUGAUAUCGGCUAUAUUGGCUUCUCUCUCUGUAGUAGCCUUGUCCAUCGCCGAGUUAUUUCUCUUCAACGUCCAUCGAGACGUUCGCCGCUCGAAUGCGACGAUGGAGAACGCUACUAAUUUACCUUCGACCAUUUUUCCGAUACAACAACCACCCGGUACCGGCACGCUUCUCGUCAUCCUGACGAUAGGCAUACUAUCGGCAAUAGCAGCCAUUCUAUUGAUACAUUUAUGUUUCUUCCAUGGUUACAUAGCCUGCCUCGGCUUGACUACCUACGAGUACGUCAAAAAUAAAAGGGAAAGAAAAUUGGAGGCAGGUAAAACGAACUUAACAACGAACGUUACAACCUGUCCCUCUUUUUGCGCCAGAGUCAAUGUACCCGCAAGAUAUCGUUUCUGUGAUUCACGCGUAGACGCCUCGAUGGAGGUUGUCUCACGCGAAAGAAAUGGUACGAAGGAAUACUCGGAAUAUGGUAUCGAUCGACCGGAAGACGUGCCUUCGGGCCGAGAUCGAAAGAAUAACUUUCGUCUCUGCUUCACUUACGAGACCAAUUCUAAUGGUGCUUCGAUCGAACUAUCCUCUCGAUCGACUAUUGACGAGAAUAACGAUGACAAGCAUCGCAAUAAUUCUUCUUCUUGGACCGGGAAUGUUGCAGUUGCCGUUGCUGAGUCACCAGAUUUCAAAUCGUCUACUCCUUCACCUGUCUCUUGCUGUUUCUCCAUUGUAAAUCCGAUCUCUUCGGCGAGACUCGAACGUAAUAAGCAGCCUCGAUCGAGAAAAUGUCGCAAGGAUAGUACAGAUAGUAUUGCUGGUACUAGUGCCCCUAAAGAAAGGCGAACUUGUGGUACGAUCGGAAGAAUAAGAACCUUUCUUCGUACGCGUUUCAGAAAAAAUGCUCGUCAACGAUCCAUUAAUGCGGAAAGUGCGGAUAGAACGAAAAGAAGAAACAGAGUAGCACCUUCUGUCGAUCGAGAAGAAGGAAACGUGACUGAAACGAGCGUGUCAACUUUCGAAAAUCAACUAGAAAAUAGAAACGAGACGAGAGAGGAACCAUCUUCAGUAUCCUUAUCACGUCCUUCUAAUAAAUUACCCCCUUUGGAUUUAAGAACAGCCAGAAUUUCGUCGAUCGACGACAUUGUUCCUGAUGAAAUCGGUCCAGAUUUAAUUCCUGUGCCUCCUCCUUCUACAGUAACGGCAAUUGUGGCAUCACCAACGGUAAUACCACCCCCGAUUAGAACUAUUCCAUCUCUCUCUAAAAGAAAUAAUCAUCAAUCUCAUCUUCGAGCUCGAAGAUCAUCUCUUCGAAAAAGGCCGAGAUUCAAGAUGGGUCCUCGGCUUGCUCAAUCUGCUCAAUUAUCGCCCAUUCCGGAAUCGGAAUUCUCGAAACCAGCUUCUCCACGUUCUCCACCUCAACCAAACCAUUUUGCCUUUCCACCGUUACAAAAUUAAUCGAUGUAUACACAUGAAUAGGGAUAACAAGAAGAAAUGGAAGAACAUUUGUAGACAUUUCAAUUGAAAUAUCAUCAAAGACAGAGUGUAAUCUGAUGAUUCGUUUUCACGUUUGUUAGCAGAAAGAAAUGUUGUUUGUUAUUUCAGAAAUUUGAUAAUGGAUGAUAGUAUUGUACUCGAUAAAAAAAAACACUCGAUUUUCUUUCGACAAUUUCUUUAGGGAAACUAAUAGUACAGAGAAAUAGAAAUGGAGAUAGAGAAAGAGAGAAAUUUGUUCGUCCUCACAAAUCGAUCUGCGAUAUCACACGCUUACAAUUAGAAUUUUUCGAUAAUAUGCGCUCACACAUCGUGUCUAACAUACAAUUAAAAUAAUACCGAGCCUUUUGUAACACGGCGAACAUUCGUUUUUCGCAUAAAAUCGAAUAAAAUCGCGUGAUGUUUUUCUUUUUUUAAACUGUAUUAUUCAAUUUGAAGAGUAAGAUCACCGAUCAUUAUUGAUUGUUAGAAGGGUUGCUAGAUAUGACAUUUUUUCUGAUCGUAAUCGUACGAAUAAAAAUUAGAUUUUAGAAGACAAAAAAAAAAGGUAUAAAUUAGAUAUAUUACAAAUAAUUAAUACGAAUAUAAUAUACUAGAUCACUUAUAUUACAAUAAAUACGUAGAUAUCGUAUUUUCUUAGAGAAGAUAAAUUUGUCUUAAUAAAAUUAAGAUAGAAUAAAAUAAUGGAGAGUUUUUAGAAUAUACAAUUUUAAUAUCUUUGCAUUUAAAUAAAAACUUAGAAAAUGAUUGAAGAUUAUGAUACGACUGUGAUCUUACUCAAAUCAAAAGUUUCGAAUAUAUAUAUAUAUAAAUGUGGCUUU